AGAAGAUCCGAUGGCGGCUAUAAAAGCCACCGCCUCCGAAGAUCACCCAAUCAGUUUGGAUUUAGACAACCUAGGAAACUACAAAAUGUUCAAGCUUUCGCUCUGCCUGCUCGCCGCCCUCAUGCUGGCCAAUGUCCAUGCGGACAACAUCAACAGGGAUGCUGUUAUCACCCGCGAGGAUAGCGUUUCUGCCGAUCCCGAGGGAAACUACAACUACGCCUUCGAAACUAGCAAUGGAAUCCAAGUCCAGGAGGCUGGCAAUGCCAAUGGUAAUACUGGCUCCUUUUCGUACAUUUCCCCCGAAGGCGAGUCCAUCGCUGUUACCUAUGUCGCUGAUGAGAACGGAUACCAGCCCCAGGGUGCCCAUUUGCCCACUCCUCCUCCCAUCCCAGAGGCCAUCCUCAGGGCUCUGGAAUACAAUGCCGCCCACCCGCCCCAACAGUAAACCGGAAUUGGAUACCCCAUUGAUGGCCUAGUCAUAUUGCUAUUGCGGCUAAAAAUGAGUUAUAUCUAGUUUUAAAAAUGCGUGUACAUAAGCAAAAAACAAUCUCCAUACAAUUUACAUAAAUGAUCAUUUCAACCUUAA